AUGCUGAAGUCGACGAUCGUGGACUCUCGGGUGCGCCUGGUGCCAUCGAAGAAGCUGCUGGACUUUCUGGACGCCCAGAAAGAGCACUUCCAGCAGGUGCCAGAAAAUGUGGCCAAGGUUAUGAAGCACAAGGGCCUCACACUGCCACUAAGCACCAAGAUUAUCAAGGACAACGAGGUGGUCACCCAACGGCCAAAGAUCGACCAAGCUCUGCUAAAGAAACUAACUGAAAAUAUAACCAACAUACCCGAAAAGCCCGUCAAUGACAAACCGGAUUCCCCAAAGGAGAAGGAUGAUGUUGAAGCAAGUGAUGAGUCACCAGAGCGAUCGAAAUAUGUUCUGUAUUUAAGUGACCUGCACUGGCUCUCCUCCACGCUGAUUGAGCUGCGCAGCCGGGACCAUUGCCAGGUCUUUCUCCACCAGCUGAUCGAGACCUGCGAACUCGUUCUGCCCGAAAACGAGAUGAAGCCUCGCAAUCCCGAGUUGGAAGCCCGCUGUCAGCGCCUUCGCGCGGAGCAGCACAACCGGGAUUACUUGAAGAUGACCAAGAACGUGGAUGCCGGCCUUAAACAUUACCCAGAGGAUACCAUCUCCUAUCAGAUUAAGAGCCUCAACAAGCAGAUCAUUGCCGUGGUGCAGUUUAUCUUCUCAGUGGCCGCUGGCUUUACUUUCGGUUUCUUUGGAGUCAACUUGAUGGUGGGCCCGCUGCCCUUCGGCUUUCGCAUUCUGCUCGGAGUGAUUGUGGCGCUCAUUAUAGCUCUGGCCGAGAUGUACUUCCUGGCCAAGAAGCUACACGAAUACGAUGAGGUCCUGGAUGCACCGAAGCGCAAACCGCAGCCAUCCACGCCGGUGAAGCGCAAGGUGGUCGUCCAACCGCCCGCCGAGGGCAGCCAGGUCCAGACUCUGAAACCCCAUGCUGACUAGACAAUUAAGAACUUCAAUUCGUUCUCAUACACACAUCCUUGUAUUAUUUCGCGUUGCAAUGUUAGGUUAUAUAAAUA